AUGUCUGGAGUUUUGAAGUUCAAUGAUAAGGUUACUGUGAUUCGCUUUAACGAAAAUCCGAGAGCGAAUCAGCACAAUGAUGGAAGGCAAGGUACCUCCAGUCAAAGAAAGGUUUUAGUGCACUUACCCACGGGUGAGGUGGUGUCCUCAUACGCCUCACUCGAGCAAAUUCUAGGGGGAUUGGGAUGGGAGAGGUACUCCGGCCGUGCCAGCAAUCCCAACCUCCUGCAAUUCCACAAGCAAUCUUCCAUUGACCUAAUCUCUCUUCCUAGAGACUUCUCCAGGUUCAGCUCUGUUCACAUGUAUGACAUUGUUGUCAAAAACCCUAAUGUCUUUCACGUCCGUGACAUGUGA